UCAUUUUAUUAUGGAACAUAAUCUGUUAGCAUUUAAAUUUGAGAAUAUGUUUAGACUAUAUAAAUCUCACAUAAGUUCUCAAACAUUUUGGAAUAAGAAAAAUGGCAUACGUCAAUAAAAACUUUUCAUGGGCUCUUUUAUUGAUUUUACUUCUUUUUGUUUUUUCAUCAUAUGCAAGAUUAAGUAUAAUGGUUACAAAAAGUGAGAUCCACACUAUAUGCACAAAAAAGAGAGAGAGUUCUUCACUUUGUUUUGAAGUUGUAAAAGCAAAUCCUGAAAUUGCUAGAUUGGAUCUUUCUAGCCUCGCCAAAUUUUUUAUCAAUUAUCAAGCUCAAAAUAUUUCAGAUACGUUGAAGCAUUUUAAGCUAUCAGGAGGCUACACGCCGGAUAUUAAUUCGACAUAUCACUUAUGCGUAGAAUUAUAUGAAGAUGCUUUCAACCGUCGUGAUUCUUCCUUCAAAUAUUUGACUGCCAAAGACUAUGACGGUUUAAACAUUAUGGUCGGUGGAACGGUAUCAGAUAUGGUUACGUGUACUGAUGAUUUGUCAACAAUGAAACCAAUUCCACAAUUCUUUAUGACGAGGAGUAUUGUCAUUGAAAAUCUAUCUCACAUUAUCUUGACGAUUUCCGAAUGUUUUCUAAAAGAAGAAAAAAGUCCUUAUUGUCCCCCAUAUGUUUAAUAGUAAUAUUUGGUAUGGCUGUAAUGAAAAUCUAUCUCACAUUAUCUUGACAAUUCUCGAAUCUAUCUCACAACAUGUUGUCUUUUUAAUAAUAUAAACAUAAGUAAUAAAGGCACACAAUUUUUAUUUUUUUGGUCGUAUA